CCAAAGGCUCAUCUCUCCGUUGAUAUAAAGCCCCGGAAGUGCUUCGAGGGCCACAUUUUGCACUUGAAUCUCGCACCUGCAAACCUGGACAUCAUGAAUAUCAUCGCCAAUUUGACACACUUCACCGUGAACAUGUUUUAUUUGUGUAUGCUGUUGUACACGUUCGGCACCUUCCACCUGAAGACUCUUUGGAGAGAAAGGCAAACGAGAAAGAAUCAAGAGGCACAAGGGAUGCAAAAGGAUCGGCCUUACUCGACUCCACCCAGCAUCGACAGACUUUCCACAUGCUUGAGCAUCUCCUCUGUUCGUCGCCCUUCCCGCAGACGUCCUGCAAAGAGAGUACAAGGGAAAAAACAGUAUUUUCAAUUUCAAGGUAAAGUGGUGGAAAUUCUGGAAACCAUCACCGAGGAAGCCGUGUCAGCCAGGCAGAACGAAGGGUUCCAAGAUCAAAAUCCAAGAGGACGAUGA